AUCAUCUUCUCAUCGUGGGUUAGACACCAAAGGGAAAUCAAAUUGGAGGGCGCUGUGAAGGUCCAGUUAUCAUCCAGUAGAAGCGGGUGGCAGAGCCUGCUGCUAGACAACACAAGGAUAAGAAUAAAGAAAGGAGAUGGAAAAGUGCAAGCACAUGUAUCAAAUGGUAAAGGUUUGACUGGUGCAAGCUUCCGACUUGACUACCCCAGUGUAGGAGCUACAGAAACUCUUAUGAUGGCGGCGUGUAUGGCUGAGGGAAAGACUGUGAUCUCAAAUGCAGCUCAAGAACCAGAGAUCAUUGACCUUGCUGGAUUCCUAACAAAUUGUGGGGCAAUUGUGGAAGGAGCAGGAACAGACACACUUUAUAUUAAUGGAAAGAGAAGGUUGUAUGGUUCUGAGUAUAGCAUAAUGUAUGACAGGAUUGAAGCUGGCACCUAUAUGUUGGCUGCUGCAAUAACUCAAUCGUGUAUCUCAAUGUCACCUGUGUCCCCCAGCAAUUUAACUUGUUUGGUAGACAAGCUUUCAGGUGCUGGUUGCAAAAUAUUACAGCUCAGUGAUGGCACUCUGGAGGGGUUCAGUAUCAAAACGAAUCCAUUUCCUGGAUUUCCGACAGAUCUCCAGCCUCUGACAAUGGCAUUGCUAUCAACAUGCAAGAGUGUAAGCAUCAUUGAGGAAUCUGUCUUUGAAAAUCGUAUGAGCCAUGUAACAGAGCUGCAGAAAUUUGGAGCUAAAAUUCAGCGCUGUGGGAGCACAGCAAUGGUUUAUGUGAAGGGAAAUGCAAGUCCAUUCCGUGGCUCUCAAGUUAUUGCAGCUGAUUUGCGUGGGGGGAUGUCAUUGGUUUUGGCGGGUCUGGCUGCUGAAGGAAUUACUGAAAUCAGUGGAAUAUCCCAUGUCGAUAGGGGUUAUGAAAGUUUAGAGAUGAAACUUCAGGGUCUAGGCGCCAACGUCAUAAGAAUGACUUCCUGAUAACCUCCGGUUUAGCUCAUGUGUUAAGGACGAUUUACAAGUCAGCAUCAAGUCAUGGGAAUGCUUCAAAAUAUCAAAGAACAAGCUCGAAGAAUAGCUAGGGAUGUUGAAAUUGGACCUCUAUAGAGACGACCGCGAUUGCGAAUGGGGGCCAACAGGAAGACUAUCCCGAACGCAAAGGUCACUAUUGUGGACGAGUGCCUAGAGGCUAUGAAUCGCGAAUGCGACAUGGCCAACCGCUAUUGCGGAGCACUGUCAAACCUGAGGUGCCACAAUUACAAGAUUAUUCACCGCAAUAGCGAGGUACUGCAACAAUGGCCAAGUUUUGCUGCUUUAAACAAAGUCCAUUUGGCCAUUUGUGUAUUUAGCUUAAUUGCUACUAUAAAUAGUAACUCUUACGGUCAAUUAGUUUAGUUUUUGAUGACUGAUGAAACUGUUGUGAGCCUUACGAUUAUCUAGUUAGGAUUUAGCGUUUAACUUAGUUCUCUUUAGAAACCUCUUAAUUACACGAUAGUUAGGUAGUUCUUGUGUGAGUUCUCUAUCUAUCUUUGGAUUGUUCCAUUAAUGGAAUGUUAA